CGGCCAAGCCCUAGUGAGUGCUUAGGUAGUCAAAGAACACGGGUUGAAGUCAGAAUUUGUUCUCGUCCUCGUUCGCCGUAGGAAGCGCCCAGGAGACAAAGAGACAUCAAACCCGUCGCAAGCUGAAAGCUAUAGCUACCUCUACGCCGAUCUGCCAAGCAGCGAACCCCAUCGGGCAUUCACUGAGAAGUACCUCUAGUCUCAACCGGACUACUACCACCACCAACUACUACUGCCCCAGCAACGGAAGGAUCCGCUUUCCGAAGAACCUGAAAGUGUAGUACAAACUACUUCGCGCAAUCUAGUAUCCUGCCAAAAAAGCGCACCUGUGCGUGUAUGUGCGUGUGUGUGUGUUCUCAAGCCAGAACCAGUAUUUGAAGCAGCAUCAACCCGAAGAAAACCGGAAGAGGAAGAAAUCAGAAUGUCCGCGUCACCGAUCGCUCGUCAGGCUUGUGCCUCCAUCACGCAGGCCAUCCCCUCGAAGCGGGUACUAAUCCAUGACGCCUCGGAGCUGCCCGAUCUCUACUCGUCCACACCCGGUGGCACCCUCUACUCGACCACCCCCGGAGGCACUCGCAUCGUGUACGAGCGUGCGUUCUUGAUGAAUCUGAAGAACUCACCGUUGGCCCGUACUCCGCCGAACAAUGUGCCGCUGAAUUUGCUGCGUGCGAAUGGCAGCCCAACGGGUGGCGCUAGUGCCAAACCGCUCUCGACACUGUCGCUGUCGAAGCCGAAUCAGCAGAAACCGGCCCGCAAUUCGCCGCCCAAGUACGACGAGCAUCAGGAACAGUUCGAUAUGGAUCUGUAAACUCUCUCGCUCUCUCUCUGGAUCAAGGAGAGCUCUGUCGUCCGUGGAUGAAUGGGAGUGUGGUGUGCGGUUAUAUCCUAGAGUAGAGUAGAGGGGCGGGGUGGGCGCUCUCGAUCUUUCGCCACCCAUGUUUAUCUGUUAAUUCGAUUCACUAGCUGAUCGAUUUUUAGUGUAGCACAUACUUCUUCUCUUCCGAGGUGGCGCCGGAUUGGUUAAGCAGAUUGUUUUCCCCUUGUUUUUUUGUUGCAACAAUUAAGGCAAAGGCUAUCGCGCUAGACGCUUUCCCAGGGGAGAAGGAGGAGCAAGAGGACAGGAGGAGAACGAGGGAGGAAAAGCGGUGGGAGUGAUUAGUACAGGAGGGGUGGAGAAUCGUUGGUGGUAGACUUUAUAAGUUUAUCGUUCCUUCGGUAGUAAGAUUAAAGUUUUUUUUUUUUUAAUUAGCCAUUAGCAUUACGUUGGUUCGCAUCAUCGGGGAGGGGGUUAUCAAGUGGGGUCAACUGUAGUGUCAACGCGCUGUUGUGCGGCGCACCCCUCCUUCCCCCCUCACAAACCCCGGUGAUUUGUGAUAUCCAUGAUCGACUUUCGUUUGCGCCCUCUGUCCGGCUUUCGCGAUGGGGGAAGUGGAAAAGGAAUCUUUCAUGUUUCUAUUGUAUAAGUCAAUUGAUUGCAAAUCGUUUGUUAAUCCAGCCCAAGAAUUGCGAAUGCUUUUAUCGAAAGAGAGAGAGAGAGAGAGAGAGAGAGGGAAGAAAGGAUGAGUUUAAGGAGAUUGUGGAGUAGCAUACUGACGGCUGACCAGAGAUCGGACCGGGAAACAACCCCCCCUUUUGCGAUGCGAGGACUGUAUAGGACUUAAUUCCGUAGCAAUACCAUGCCCGUAGCACAAUGGAAUCACUGAGAAGGGUACAAAGUAGUAGCACCUUUUGCAGAUCGUUAGUGUCGCGUUUCGCGUUUUCGGUGGCUUUUUGUUUUGCCCAUUUUAAUGUCACAUCGUUUUUGGAAGAUUAGGUACCAGAGGUACCGAGGUACAAAAUAGGAUCAAACACGGAGAUACUAUUUUAUCUAGCUGUUGUUCCCCGUAGCAAAGCCGUAGGACGCGUUUUUCAAAGAGAAACAUAAUGUGGGUUGAUGUACUGAAUCUUACAACAGAGUGCGAAAGUCACAGAAGUCAGAUGGAUGGUUUUUUUAUUUGGUAAAAAAUCCAUCAUGAAACACGUAUAUAAUGAAAGCAUAACCUAAGCGCGAUAAGCUGAUAGUAAACGUAUGUAUCAUGUCGAAAUAAACUAAAGUCUACUUAUUGAAAUGAAAACGAA